AUGACGGUGGCCACGGGUGACCCCUCAGAUGAGGCGUUGGCCCACCAUGGUCACCCUCAGGACUAUGAUGCAGAGCCUGAGCAAGAGGGUUGCAGGAGAGUUGUCAUCAACGUUUCAGGCCUGCGCUUCGAGACACAGCUCAAGACCCUCUCAAAGUUUCCGAAGACUUUGCUCGGAGACCCAAAAAAGCGGAUGAGAUACUUUGAUCCUUUAAGGAAUGAAUAUUUUUUUGAUAGGAACCGGCCGAGCUUUGACGCCAUCCUCUACUACUAUCAGUCUGGAGGUAGACUACGUCGGCCUGUAAAUGUGACUCUGGAUAUAUUCUCGGAGGAAAUUCGGUUUUAUCAACUUGGAGAAGAAGCUAUUGAGAUGUUCAGGGAGGAUGAAGGUUUCAUCAAAGAAGAGGAGAGGCCAUUGCCUGAUAAUGAGUUUCAAAAGCAGGUCUGGCUUCUUUUUGAGUAUCCAGAAAGUUCAGGUCCAGCCAGGAUUAUAGCCAUUAUAUCUGUUAUGGUGAUUCUUAUAUCUAUAGUCAGCUUCUGUUUGGAGACUUUACCUAUCUUCCGCAUUGAUGAGGCGGAGAUGCAAAAAGUCCGCAAUUACAAUGCCAACUCCACCACCGACUACACAUCCACCUAUUUCACUGACCCUUUCUUUAUCCUGGAGACACUCUGCAUAAUCUGGUUCUCCUUUGAAUUCCUGGUUCGGUUCUUUGCCUGCCCCAGUAAAGCCAGUUUCUUUGUGAACAUCAUGAAUAUGAUUGAUGUGGUGGCCAUUAUCCCCUAUUUCAUCACACUAGGAACAGAACUGGCUGAGAAAGCGGAAGAUGGUCAGCAGGGGCAGCAGGCCAUGUCUUUAGCCAUUCUGAGAGUCAUCCGACUGGUGAGGGUCUUCAGGAUCUUCAAACUUUCCCGCCACUCCAAAGGACUCCAGAUUCUGGGGCAGACCCUGAAAGCUAGUAUGAGGGAGCUCGGCUUGCUCAUCUUCUUCCUUUUCAUUGGAGUCAUCCUCUUCUCUAGUGCUGUCUACUUUGCCGAGGCAGACGAGCCUGAGUCCCAGUUCUACAGCAUCCCUGAUGCCUUCUGGUGGGCUGUGGUUUCUAUGACGACUGUUGGCUAUGGAGACAUGGUACCCACUACCAUCGGUGGGAAGAUUGUCGGCUCUCUCUGUGCCAUUGCUGGUGUGCUAACCAUCGCCUUGCCUGUGCCUGUCAUUGUUUCAAACUUCAACUACUUCUACAACCGUGAGACGGAGGGUGAAGAGCAGGCACAGUAUCUGCAGGUUAAUGUCCCCAACAUUGAUUCUCAAGAGGAACUGAAUAGAAGUCAGAUUGGUUCCACCAUCAGCAAAUCUGACUAUAUGGAGAUACAGGAAGGGGUCAACAACAGCAAUGAGGACCUGCAGGGAGAGGACCUCAAAAAAGGCAACUGCACUCUGGCCAGCACAAACUAUGUCAAUAUCAAAAAAAUGUUGACAGAUGUUUAAUCAACUGAGAUCAUAACAAUAAAUUGAGAGGUAGUAAUGUGUGAGAUGCAAGUUUCAGACUGCAGAAGUCGAGAAGCUGUAGCACAGCACUUUUUAAAGAUGAUCAGGAAGUGUCAGAACCCCUGUUAUUGAUAUGAAUUUUCCUGUUCAAACAUCUUGGGCCUCAAUAUGAGAUCCUCUCCAUAAUCCAAUUAAUAAUUUGGGUCUGCAUGCAAUUAUCUUUAGACUGUGCAAAUCUCAUUCAAAUAUCCAACCUUCCUCAAAAGGAGCUGAACAGUAGGAACAGAAUAGGAAAGAAUGAACAGACAAAGUCAUUAGGGUUCCACACUUUAAACCACCAAAAACAAAUAAAACACCUUGUACCAUGUAUGCAUCAUCACUAAAGUAUCCUACCCUUAAAUGUUACCCACCCAUCCUUGCUUCCGUAAAGCCUCUUCUGUAAGAAACCAAAAGCCUCUUAAGUUGUGUAAUAAUGAAAUAAGUAUAUAGGAAUAAGCGCUUCCUCCAUUGCCGCUGCUUUUGCUAAACGUCUGACAAAAUGAUAGCUGAACAUUCUCACAGUGCACACGUAGUACCCAUGAUGGAAAUGUAUAAAUUGCACUCAGAUGAAAGUUAUUUUUGCUAAGAGCAGUACAUUUUUUUAAUCAUUAUAAUACUUGCUUCCAGAGUGACAAUGUACUUUGAAAUAUUCUGCUUGUAUUGGGAAAUCAUUAUCUUUGGAACCACAGUAGCUUUCGUAUGUAGGCUAUAGACUAUACUUACACCUAUCCACUCAGUAAGGCAAUCUUAAUGAAAAGCUUUUAAGACAGACUGGAUAUUUCUGUGCCAUUAUUUAUUAUUUAGGUUUGUGGUAAUGCCAUUGUUAACAUUGCACCCUUUUCAUGGCACUAGCUCACAAUUAGAACACUGACAGCCAAUACAUGUGAUAAAAUCAUAACACAAUUCAUGCAAUGCAUUAUUUAGCUACAGAUAUUAUCUAGUUUAUAGGGGAGAUUCAAAGUACUUUGAAGCUAAACAAGCCAUAGUUAGUUUAUACUGUAAUCUCCCCAAUCAAAUUACUUUGUAAUCCAUAAAACAAUAAAU